CUCCCUCCCCGCCCCCUCCCAGCCGUCCCCUCCCCGUCGGCCCGCCUGCCCAGCCUUUAGCCUCCCUCCCACCGCCUCUGUCUCCCUCUCUCCAAGAACUGCCCAGGAGUGAGCAGCUGCUUUCGGUCGGCCCGACGGACGCACGGACGCACGGACGCACGGACGCACGGACGACGGCCUGCCACCCCAGCCCGCCAACCAGCCAACCUACGCCUGGCUGCUGCCCCUCCCCAGGCACGUCGACCAUGCGGCCCCUGUGGCUCCUCAUGACCCUGCUGGCCCUGAGCCAGGCCCUGCCCUUUGAGCAGAAGGGCUUCUGGGACUUCACCCUGGAUGACGGGCUGCUCAUGAUAAACGACGAGGAGGAGGCUUCAGGCGCCGACACGACCUCGGGCGUCCCGGACCUGGACUCCCUUCCGCCCACCUUCAGCGCCAUGUGUCCUUUCGGCUGCCACUGCCACCUGCGAGUUGUUCAGUGCUCCGACCUGGGUCUGAAGUCUGUGCCCAAAGAGAUCUCGCCUGACACCACGCUGCUGGACCUGCAGAACAAUGACAUAACCGAGCUCCGUAAGGAUGACUUCAAGGGCCUCCACCACCUCUAUGCCCUCGUCCUGGUGAACAACAAGAUCUCCAAGAUUCACGAGAAGGCCUUCAGCCCGCUGCGAAAGCUGCAGAAACUGUACAUCUCCAAGAACCACCUGGUGGAGAUCCCACCCAGCCUGCCCAGCUCACUGGUAGAGCUCCGUAUCCAUGACAACCGCAUCCGCAAGGUGCCCAAGGGCGUGUUCAGCGGGCUCCGGAGCAUGAACUGCAUCGAGAUGGGUGGGAACCCCCUGGAGAACAGCGGCUUUGAACCCGGAGCCUUCGAUGGCCUGAAGCUCAACUACCUGCGCAUAUCAGAGGCCAAGCUCACCGGGAUCCCCAAAGACCUCCCGGAGACCCUGAAUGAACUCCAUCUGGACCACAACAAGAUCCAGGCCAUCGAGCUCGAAGACCUGCUCCGCUACUCCAAGCUGUACAGGCUGGGCCUGGGCCACAACCAGAUCCGGAUGAUCGAGAACGGGAGCCUGAGCUUCCUGCCCACCCUGCGGGAGCUGCAUCUGGACAACAACAAGCUGUCCAGGGUGCCUGCUGGGCUCCCAGACCUCAAGCUCCUCCAGGUGGUCUAUCUACACUCCAACAAUAUCACCAAGGUGGGCGUCAACGACUUCUGCCCCGUGGGCUUCGGGGUCAAGCGGGCUUACUACAACGGCAUCAGCCUCUUCAACAACCCCGUGCCGUACUGGGAGGUGCAGCCUGCUACCUUCCGCUGCGUCACCGACCGCCUAGCCAUCCAGUUCGGCAACUACAAAAAGUAGAGCCUGCUGCAGCCAUCAUGGUGGCCCCUGUGGGGGUCCCCACAGAGCACAGCCAGCUGUCCCUAUGGGGAGACGAAGCAAGGAAGCCAAGCCUGUGCCCAGCUGCAUCCAGCCAGCCACCACCUUGGGUCCCUGGCCCCAACUCGAUGCCCAUCACGGCCUCUCCCUGGCUCCCAUGUGUGUAGUGGGCCCAAGGCCCAGCCCCCAUCACACGCCCCUCGGCUUCUGAGUUGCCCCUGCUCACCCACUACAGCCACCUGGAACACCCAUCAACUCCUUUGUCCUUCACCUCACAAGCCACCUUCCGAGGCCCCAUGGGCCUGUGGGCG